AUGUCGCUCAGCGUGGCUAGCCUGCAUGUGUACCCCGUGAAGAGCUGUGGUGGCGUGACUGUCGAGCAGGGUGUGAUCACCCCCACAGGGUUCCGCUACGACCGCAACUGGGUGGUGAUCAAUGAAAAGGGUCGCUUCGUCACCCAGCGCCAGAAACCGGAGAUGGCCCUGGUCUCCGUGAGCCUGCAGCCUCAGGCACUGCUGGAGGACGCGAGUGCAGAGGAGGGCCAGUACCCGGACGCCACGCUGGUCCUGCAGGCCCCCGGCAUGCCCACCCUGCAGGUUCCCCUGAACCCCGGUCGCCGGCAAGGCCCCUCCACCAAGGUCACCGUGUGGGAGUGGACGGGGCUGGGGGCCGACGAGGGUGCCGAGGCGGCCGCUUGGUGGAGCCAGUACCUGGGCCAUGAAGCCCGCCUGGUUCGAUAUGCAGGGGAGCCAGGCCAGCCAGGGGAGAUCAAAGCUGGAAAGGAGGACUCCACGCGCCGCCAGGUGGACCCGGAGUGGACCGAGGCCGGCGAGGAGACCGCCUUCUCCGACGGCUUCCCCUUCCUGGUGGCCAACGAGGCUUCGCUGACAGACCUGAACGCCCACCUCCCUCCUGACGAGGGCCCGCUCAAGCUCAACCGCUUCCGCCCCAACGUCGUGGUGGCGGGCGCCCCCGCCUGGGCGGAGGACGGCUGGCUGCGCCUGCGCCUCGGCGCCUCGGCCACGCUGCACCUGGUCAAGCCCUGCGAUCGGUGUGCGGUGACGACCACCGAGCAGGAGACCGGGGUCGUGGGGUACGAGCCUCUGCGCACCCUGCGCGUCGUGCGCUCCGGCAAGGUGCUGGGCUGGAGCGAGGCGGUCCCGCGCUUCAAGGGCGCGGUGUUCUUCGCCUGGAACGCCGUCAGCGAGGGGCCCGGGGGGAGCAUCAGGCGGGGGGACGAGGUGGAGGUGGUCCAGGCGCGGGAGGGGCCGGCCGUCCCGCAGAAGGUGGACCAGCCCGCCCCGGCGCAGGCGCAGGCGCAGGCGCAGCGUGAGCUGGGGGCGGGGCUGACCACCCUGCAGAAGGUGGCCCUGCUCCUGGCAGCGAUACUCGUGCGGUACCUCUUCCAGUACUAUGCGGCGAAGUGA